AUGAAUUGUUGGUCACAACACCAAGGUUACGAACUCACAGCCGGAGGUAGCGGUUGCAAAACUGCCACCGUCACAGACGAUGGGUAUCGGAUCGAGUCGGACACACCGAAGUCGGCAGGAGGUUCCGGGACAGCACCGCAGCCAGUCCAGUUGUUGUUGGGUGCUCUAGUUGGAUGUGAGCAAGCAACAGCGACUUUUGUGGCUGCCAAAAUGCGGCUGCCACCAAUUCGACGCAUUGAGUUCCACGUGCUCGCGGAACGGGACGAAUGGGGGAGCCUGGCACCUCCGAUUCAUGUGGCGCCACCUGAGCUGAGCAGGUUGCAGAGGCGAGAGGAGAGUUUUUGGGGGUCAGGUCAGGUGGUGAGGAAAAGAUCGAAAAAGAUGCAAAAAACGACAGGGCAUCCGGGGGUAAACUCGGUGUUAUGA